AUGGAGAGAGACGAAUUCUACAAAAAGUAUGAGGAAUAUUAUGAAAGCGAUAUUAGUCAGAUCCCACGUUUAAUCGAGGGUCUGGAUAUUGAAUUGUAUGAUUUGUAUUUAAGUGUACUAAGUCAUGGUGGGUAUUCAUGUGUUAGCAGAAAUGCAAAAUGGAUAAAAAUAGCGAAAGAAUUUGGGCUUAUAAAUAAAGAAAAGAAUAUAAAACUAAUAGAAGAUACGAAAUGUAUUAAGGAAUAUUAUUUGACUUAUCUUAGAGAAUUUGAAAGGAUACAUGAAAACAUAAAAAAGGGGAAAAUUAUAACGAAAAAGUGUAGAAAUGCAAAAAAUUCGAAUAAUGUAGAAAUGAAAUAUAAAAAGAAAAUAUCGAUUAAUAAAACUAAUAAAAAAAAGGAAAAGGUAGAAACCAAUGUUAACAAUUUACGUCGUGUUGGACAUAUAACUAAUUUUAACAAUGUCACAACAGAUAUUUCUCCCCCAAAUGUUAUCUAUAAUGUAAAUAACUUAUUUCCCUAUGUUAAAGGUUCUAGCAAAACAUUAAACUUAUUUAAUGCUACUGCUAGUAAUAAUGUUAUGUCUAAUUAUCUACGAUUUCAUAACAACCCAGACGCUGUUAAGGAUAGCAUAUUUAAUAAGGGAAAUGUAUAUUACUGGGAAAAUAAUGGUGUCUCUACUGUUAACUGGUAUAAUGGAGAUAGUGUGUUCGAGUCACGAAUGAAUAUGAACAGUAACAAAGUAGAUAUGGGCAAAGGAAGGAGUGCAAACAAGAAGGGAAUCAAUAGGAAACGGAAUCUUAAGAUGGGUCGAGACGUCACGCAAAUGGGAAUGGAUGAAACGCGUGCCACAGAUCUGAAUAUGUCAAAUUAUGCGAACGUGACAAAUUAUGGAAAUUAUCCAAAUCAUGGAAAUUACCCAAAUCAUGGAAAUUAUCCAAAUCAUGGAAAUUAUCCUAAUCAUGGAAAUUACCCAAAUCAUGGAAAUUAUCCUAAUCAUGGAAAUUAUCCUAAUCAUGGAAAUUACCCAAAUCAUGGAAAUUAUCCUAAUCAUGGAAAUUACCCAAAUCAACAUUUAAACCAUUUUCACAAUAAUAAUGCUACUGAUGGAGGAUAUUACCACAACGACAAUUUCCCCUAUGGCAGCUUUAGAACCCUUGAUCAAAACAGUUGGAUGGAUCACAGUCCAAUAAAUGAGGAAAAUUACUUGCGUAAGAACCAUGUGAUUAAUCUAGAAAAUACAGGUGCAUGCAAUGGAAUUAUCAGAAAUGUUAAUAUGAGCAAUAAUUUUUUUAAUUAUGCGAAUGUUGGUUUUACUGAGACACCACGGGCUUUUGAUAAUUCAUUAGAAGGUUAUAAUUGCUUAAGCAUGAUAGUCCCAUUUAGGACAAAUUGUCGAAGCGAUUAUAGAUCAACUUUUGGUGGUCAUUUUGGUGGUAAUUCCUACUCUAUGCACGAAGGAAACGUUAAGUGGAACUCUUUCGAAAGAGAUUCGGACGGGGAUCAGAUGGUAGGUUUUAAUGGAUUCAUGAACCCGUUUGGGUCAGUUGGGUAUUAUGGCAACCCAGUAAGCUACCCCCCAGAUGGAGAAGGAUAUUCCUUGCAAGGAAGAUGUGACAAUAAUAUGAAUAUUAGAAAAUGCAUUGACAUAUACAGACUACUAAUGGGAUUGAACACAAGAAAAGAAAAAAUAGCUGAUUUCAUAUUUUGCCUGAACAUAUUAUACUCGAUAUCUGUGAUGAAUGAUAUGCUGAUAUCUCGAAAACAAAUUAAUAUGACUAUAUGUAUGCUUCUACAAAUUUUAGAUGAAAUGCUUAUUAUUUUUUACUCAAAGUUGAGUAUGAAAGAGAGGGCAAUAGAUAUAAUGAUGAAAGCAUUUCCUGAUUACUUAUUAGAUGAAGAAGUAAAUGGAAUUGAUAAAAUGAAUGUCAUAGAGAAUAAAGAUGACAACCUUGUCGGAUCUAUUGGUGAGUACCUCAAAACUGGGUGUACCGUUUGUUGCGGAUUCAGAGGAAAAGAAUUUAAUUAUAGUGAAGGAAAAUCCGAGGAGAGAUGUUUCCAAAGUGGUACUAGCGUUAUUAUGGGUGCACUGUUAAAUGAAAAUAUAAACGUGCAUGAAAUCAUACGUUUGUAUUUGUCUUAUAGUGGGUAUUGCAGGCAUAAGAGCAGGAAAAUCAAGAGACUUGGUAAGGAUGGGGAGAUCUGUACACAUGAUGAAGAAAUCAUGUCUGGUGAAAAGAAUGAAUCAGAUGAAAAAAAUUUAGGAAAUGUAACGAGCACAUCGAAUGAGGAUCAAGAAUGGGAAGAAUCGAUUUCUUCUAACUCCAACUACCCAAGCAGCGUGAACAGCUCAGAUAUAGAAAAUAUAAUCAUGGGUAAAAGUGCAAGUAGAGGAAUUAAACAUUCCAAUAAUUUUUACAUAGAUAAAAAGGAGAAGAAAAAAUCGCUCAUAAAAAAAAGUAGUCAAGAAUUUGUGUUUCUGAUUUUGUAUAUCAUGAACAACAUAUUUCAAUCUCGUAAAUAUAGUUUGUACUUUUGUAGUAGGAAAAAUGAGUCUGUUAAGGACGAGACAGAAACAAGGAAAGAUAAAGGUGCAGAAACGAGAAGGGAAAAAGGGGAAAAAAAUUAUGAAAAUAUGAACAGUAUAGGUACAUGUCAUACAUGGGCUAAUAUGAAAAAUAAAGAAAAUAUGGACAAGGAAAAAACAGUACUUGGUGGGAAUUAUUCCUGUGAUGAUUUAACUGAGGAAAUAAAAAUGAACGAAUUGGGUAGAAGAGGAGGAGGAGUAGGAGUAGGAAGACGAAUUAACCAAGGAAAUGAACAGAUAAAUAUACAUGAAUAUGAUUUUUAUGAAACCAAAGGUAAGGAUUAUGUAGAAGAUUUCUGUGGAGGUAUAGAAGGAGGAGGUCCUACAUCAAAUAGAACUUUUGAGAGUGAAUAUUUGUCAGAUAGCUCAUCAGGUUCGACCUCUGUGUGCAGCAUGUGCAGUCAUAAAAGUGUGAACAAAAGAGAAAGUAGACUAAGCAGGGCCAUGACCAGAACAUACGCUAAGAUGCCAAAUGACGAAAAUAAAUCUUCACAAAAGGAAGGAGACGAGGCAGAAGUGAUGACCAACUAUCGAACGGACGAAAGAGUGCAGAACACUUUGAUUACACAAUUGAGGGAAGAGGCACACUGCAUAGGUGAAGAGGCCAAUCGCGUAGGUGAAGAGACCAAUCGCGUAGGUGAAGAGGCCAAUCGCGUAGGUGAAGAGGCCAAUCGCGUAGGUGAAGAGACCAAUCGCGUAGGUGAAGAGGCCAAUCGCGUAGGUGAAGAGACCAAUCGCGUAGGUGAAGAGGCCAAUCGCGUAGGUGAAGACACAAACUGCAUAACUGAAGAGACUAAGGUUUGUGACGUGUUUAACAGCAACCUUUUGAACACGAGCAGUGGUAACUCGCUUUUUCCUAGUAGUGAAGUAUUUCCCAAUCAUGAUGGGGGAUCUGUGCGCACAGAAAACUGUGUUAUUCCAGAGAAUGAGUAUUUUCACAAGUUAGGAGAUAUAACCCCAUGUUUAACCAAUGGAAUCAACACAGAUGUUGUUCAUCAGACUAGUGAUAAUGUAAAUUUUGAAAACAUGAACAGAAUGAAUUUUACUCUUGAGAAACCUUACCCAGAGGAUGUUAACGCAUGCAGUAGUAAUUUCCCAAAUCAAAGCACGAACGAAACGCAAAAGAACUGCAUAGAUGUAACAAGUUGUCAGGAGAACCACAAUAGUGAAUCUAUUUGCUUGAAUAAUGUCAAUUUACGUGAUAAUGAUCUGUAUGAAGGGAAUGCUGCAAAGAGGAACUGUACUGAAGAGGAUGCCACAAGAGCGGGAGGAAUAAUAAACGUAAAUGAAAGAAGAACAGAUUGUGAUGGGUUAAAGGAGGAAGAGAAUAAAUGUGAUGAACACCUGAGUGGAGAGAUCAAUAGUGGUCGUAAAGAUGUUUCGAAGGAGCGAGAAGCGAUAAAAAUGGAGGCCGGUGAUUGGAGGAGUUGUCAUCUGGAUGAAAAUAGGAUAAAAAAUGAAAGCAAAAAUGGAAUAGAAAAUCAAAAGGAGGACGCGGACUUGAACAAGAACGACGAUGCACCCACAGUGGACACAGGAGGAUCAGUAAAAGGGAAAAAGGAAUGUUCAUUUGACGCAGGAUUCAAUGCAAGGAACGAUGGUUCCGGAUUGAGUAAUAAUGAUGAGCUUGCAAAUAUCAAGAAUGAUGAAGUGGACACACAAAAGAAGAACUUUGAAGGUGCAAACCAUGGGGUGUAUGAAGAGUGUGCAAAUAAAAUUAAAGAUUUCAACGCAUCCUGCAUAAGAGUAAAUGGAAAUAGUACGAAUGAUCACCUUUUAAGUAAUAAAUGCAAUGCAGAAAAUUACAGUGAGUCAGGAGAAAAAAAGUAUAACGCUGUGCAGAAUACCAUGCAUAAUGGUAUGCAUAACACCGCACUUAAUAACUAUGGGUAUAACAAAAAUAUGAGUGAAGGAAUUGCAUGCCUUCAGAUGAGUAACAACCAUUACGGGGGGGGGUAUGAUCCCACACGUGUGAUGGAAAUGACGCAUGAUUUAAAUGAUCCCUUUUUAAUCAACAACGCAUUUAAUACGACUAGCCAUGUGAGUCCAUUGUUGACUGGUCAGAUAGAUGUAGGUUCAGAUGAUGGAGUUCACUUCGACAGGACCAACAGUGGAAAUGUUAACAUGCUCCAUAUAUGUACCACUCCUCAGAUUGGAAGCGCUUAUAUGAGCAGCACUUGUGUGGACAGUGUAUAUAUGAACAGUCCGUAUAUUGGCAAUCCUUACAUGAAUAGCUCCAAUAUGAAUAACUCCAAUAUGAGCAACCUCUACAUGAACAGCCCUUACAUGAAUAGUCCCCACAUGAAUAGUCCUUACAUGAAUAGUCCCCACAUGAAUAGUCCUUACAUGAAUAGUCCCCACAUGAAUAGUCCUUACAUGAACAGCCCCUACAUGAACAGCCCCUACAUGAACAGCCCCUACAUGAACAGCCCCUACAUGAACAAUCCAUGCGGGCAAGGAUUCCCCAAUGUGCAACCAAGCAAUAUGCUUAACGCUAACAAGGAAAGACCAAAUGCGUUUUACACUUCGAAUGAAGAGGGUGAGAAGAAUGAUAUGAGAAGCAGCAAUAAAAUAAAUAAGAAAGAAGAACAUACUGGAAUCGAAAGAGUUAACAACACAUCUGUAUACACGAAGGAAGAGGAUAAUGUAGAUAAGCUUCAAGAUGAAAAUAAGACAGCAAAUUAUGUUAAAAACUUAGAAGCUGAGGGAUAUGUUCGUAGAAAUGAGGAGGAUAGUAAGGCUAGACAUUUUUGUAAAAAUACGGAUAAAUCAUGUGGCCAUCGUAACAAACAAGAAAUUAAAGAAAUUUAUAGAAAUAUGAAAAAAGAGAUAUAUGAAGAAAUGAAAAAAAUAUUUAAAGAGAAAAAAAUAAAGCAGAACAAAUUAUUACAUUAUUUUGAUUUAAGUAAAUUUAUUAGUAUAUUCGAAUUAAUUUUUUUGAAAAAUUUUGAAAAUAUUAUUUUUCAUGAGAAAGCAAUACAAAAUAUUUACAUGAACAUGUUCAUAUGUGUUGAUAUAUUAAAUAACGAAUUGGGUAGAAGUAUAUCUCUGAAGUAUAUAUUUUUUCCAUCACAUUUAUUACAAAGUACAAAACGUUUAAAAAUUACAGCUCAUUUUGAUAAGAAGAACAGAUUAUUUGUCAAAUCAGACGGUUUACCAGUUAUAGGAGGGAGAAACAAAAAACUUAAGCAUAACAUUAGUGAAGGGAGGGAAGUUACUGAUGGAAAAAUUUAUAACACACUUCAAAAUGAAGCUGAAUGUACAUGGGAGAAAAAAAUAAACCAUUCUCCUAACCUUUUAGUUAAUACCCCAAACAUGGAAGGCAUUGCAAAAGAUUAUUGCUAUAAGCAAUUGUCACAAAAGGAGAAUGCAUUAGAUGGUAACAACUUACCCAUUGCACCUGAAGAGGUGAGAAAUGAAAACCAAAAUAGUACUCUGCUACGAGAAGAGAAAAAAAAGGGGAUUAGUAAUUUUGAAGAGAAGAAAUGCUAUGUUGAAAAAAAUUACAAGAAUGGAAAAAAGAACGAAUUGAGCGGGGUGGAAUACAGGGAAAAAAUAAAGAAAUUAUUUUUAAAAAUUUUUCGAAAAAAUAACAAGAAAUAUAAUAUAUAUAAAAAAAUCGAUUAUGAAUAUUUAAAAAGGAAGUAUAAAUAUUAUGGUCCAUUUAAUUGUCAAGAAAAAGAGAAGCAUAAAAAGUUUAUUAUACUCGAUUUACAUGAAAUUACGAAAAAAAUUUUGUUAAAAGUGUAUAAGCGCGUUAAUAGCCACUUGAACAUGGCAAUUUUAUCAUUAAACAUAUUAACAUAUAUAUUGUAUUUCUUACCUAAGAAGAUGUUUCACGUGUCAUUUAUUCCAUGGAUAUUAAAUGAAACAAUUAAUGUAAAAUGUGCAUACACAUAUUUAAGUGUUCCUUUAUGUAUUUUAAAUUAUAACGGAUUUCUUUUUCUUGAAACCAUGAUGAAAUUUAUUAUUCGGAUGAUUCAAAAUAAUAUGAUGCCUUUACACUCAUAUAUCUUAUCAUUUCUUCGUUUAUGUUCCUUUCCAUUAUAUAUAUAUUUAUACUUUGAUAUCCCUGUUUCACACACACUUAUUAUAACAUCAUUGUCUGCUUUAUACCUCUUAGUUACAUACGAUCCUGAUUUUUUAGCUACGGGUUUUGUUAAUGCAAAAUCUUGUGACACUCCUGAUUCCUUGAGCAGGAACAUCAGAAGCGAUGAUAAUUUAUCUAGUGGCAAUAAACAUAGCAGCGCUGAUCAGAUUUACAAAAAAAGAAAAGUUUGCGAUCUUCAAAGUUCAGAAAAUUGUGCAGCAAAAUCGGGGGAAGACGAAGCGUCAAAUGAGGACAAGGAUGAAAAAACAAAUGAGGUCAAGGGUGAAAAACCGAAUGAGGACAAGGAUGAAAAACCGAAUGAGGACAAGGAUGAAAAACCGAAUGAGGACAAGGAUGAAAAACCGAAUGAGGACAAGGAUGAAAAACUAAAUGAAGGCACAAAUGGGGAGACAAGAAAUAAUGUAGAAGAACUAACAGAUGAAAGAAAAGAAUUGCUGGAAAAAAUUUUUAUGAAAACCAUGUUGCUAUUUUUAAAAAAGUCCAUUUAUUUUAAAAGCAUUUUCAAUUGUGCAAAUAUAAAUGAGAAAGAAGAAAUGAUGGUAGAUAGCAAAAGAGUUCAAGUAAUUUUAAAGAAUUGGAAGAUGAAUAGUGAAGAAAUGGAAAAAGAAAAAGAGAAUUUUUGUUUUUCCAAUAUUGAAAAUAAAGUCUUUUAUUUACAUGACAAUUUACUUUUAUAUGCUCUGGACAAUUUUCCUAUUUCAAGCAGUGCUAAGGAUAUGAAAAUGUGUGAAAACAUAAGAAAUCAGUUUAUCAAUCAGUAUUGUACAACAAUUGCUUUUUCUUAUGACUUUUUAAUGUCUGAAAAUAUUGAGGUACAAAGACUAAGCAUUUAUGCUCAUUCCAUAGUGCAAAUUUUUUUAUUUUUAUCAUCUCACCGUAUCCUGUGGCAAUGUUUAUCACCUCAUAUCCCCGUACUAACUCAGAUGGCAUUUAUUCAGACGGACAUCAGUAGAUCCCUAUGGGUAAUAUUAAAAGAGUACUAUUUCAGAAGUUUCAUGAGAGAGAGGAGAAGUGUGAAAAAAUGCAAUUCGUGCUUUGAUUCAAAAUUGGUGAAAAUUGAAAGGGUAAAGUGA